UGAAACGUAAAAUUUAGCAACGAGUCCCUUCAUUUCAACUAGAUUAAUAACUCAUUCAUCAACCGCGUCUAACGCAGCGGCCAAGCGAGUAUCGACAAGGCACUCCAUGCAUUCUACACUUCUGUCCCCCUUUCACUUCGACUAAUGCGUAUUUCGAACGAACAUCCUUUCCACGAAUACAUAGAUGAUAUCAAGCAUCGGAUUAUCUGCGCUUGAUCGCCUUGUCUGCGUGCAAGCAAAGCCUUCCACCAACAUCCUUUGACGGUGCGCCUUGGUGGGGCAAUACACUCGACGAUGGGGAACGUCUCCAGCAUCCCAGGGGACGGAUCCGCGUUAUAUCUCAGAGAUCAGACUCGAUUAUCUAUUUCAUCGCUAUCGGUCAUCAACUCUCGGCGUCGGACUGUCCUAAAUGUUGUACCUAACUCCUUUCCUGCUACCAGAGUGUCAGCAACCCGCGAUCUUGGAGACAAUAGUGUCGUGGAAUAUGUCCAGGACCCUGAACCACUUCCCUCUACCCCGACUCCGAACUUCAUCCUCAAACUCAAUAACGAUGAGGAGCUCACAUUCAAAUUCACGUUUGUUCUUCGACAGUCACAGCAGAUUGUCACAGGGGUGAAUGGUGCACAAGAAGCUACCAAUCUUGUUGACACCAAUAUCAACGGCCUCACAUACGUAUCAGCGUCAACAGCCAAGGAAGUCGAGACGCUGGUGACUCGAGAAUUCCAUGCCGACCCGAAUUUACAUAAGAAUGCCAAUGUACAAUUAGUGGGAGACUAUUCCACGGGUGGAAGCCAGUCGGUAUCCUUCGAGUGGUCGUGGAAAUGGAGACCUCCCAAGGCUGUAGAGGAUAGAGGUGGCGGCUGGAGGAAUGACUGCAGUUUUGUCGAAUACGACCAACGUGCCCAUAGAUUAAAUACUCUGGCUAGCUUUUCAUUCUGGGUUUCAAACAACCAAGGAUACCUCAGCCAGCCCAACUCUCCUUCACCACCCUUUAAUCUUAUACCGCCCCCAAAACUUCGAGUUCCAUCCUCACAAUCCAUGGAUUCAAGAGUGAGCGGCACAGAUACUCGAGAAUACGAUGAACCUCCAUCGCCGCAUAUGUUACCAGCUGAGCCUCCACUUGCAAUCGGUCCAGUCCCUCCGAAAGACAUAAUCAAGGUUGAUGUUUCUUGCCAACGCCCGGGGGAAGACAUGAGUGCAACCGAAGAUGGACCUUUGUUCCGAGCCACCAUGAAAGCAUUGGAGCAGAAGACUGGAAACAUGAGGCAACGAAUGAAGAAAGUUCUGAGAAGAGCCGAAGCAGCACACAUGGCACAAAUUGAAUGUAAUGAUGCUAUCUCUGGGUUCAUGGAUGCUCUCAGGGAAGCGUCUACUUCGAAUGCAAAUGCCGUGCAGCCUGCAUUGGAACAUUAUUUUGAUAAGAUUGCUCGAGAAAUCUUAGGCUACGAGAAGCAGAACACCGUAAACCUGCAAAGAAUUAUCAUCGACCCUCUCACAAAGCUUUACAAUCUGGAUAUCAAACAGGCUGAAGCAAAGAAACGGGACUUUGAAGAAGAGAGCAAAGACUAUUACGCAUAUGUCUCGCGAUAUCUCGGUCAGCGACAAGAUUCGCUGAAGAAGAAGAAGGCCGCUGAAAGUGAUACCAAGUAUCAAACUAAGCGCCGGAAUUUCGAGUUAAAACGUUUCGAUUACUCUUCCUUCAUGCAGGAUCUUCAUGGCGGCAGAAAAGAACAAGAGGUGCUUUCACAUCUCACUAAGUACGCUGAUGCACAGACCAAGAGCUACUUGUCCACCGCCAAAAAGGUCGAGCAGAUGCUACCGCAGUUGGACGCCCUUAGUGCGGAAGUACAAGAAGCGGAUAAGGAAUUCCAGUACCAGCGGACGGAACGUGAGGAGAAGCGGAGGAACUUGGAGAAAAGCACAAUUACCUACGUUGAGCCAGAUACGGUUCCUGCUGUAGGCAUAAUACCCCCACCAACAUCAUACUCAACCAGUACUACAAGUGCCUAUGUCUCUGAUGGAGAGUUGGGCAGAUCAGAUAGCUCGGCAUCGCAACUGAGAGCGAUUCCUUCCAAUGGUACAACGAUGACGAGCUCCAAUGGAGGCGCCAUGGAAUUUUCUAGGUCUCCCGGUAGUUUGUCAUCUACUAUGGGUGUCGUUGGAAGUCCUGGUCCCAAUUCGAAGUUCAAGGGUAUUCGAGACCUUGAAGAAAAGGACCACUCUCAGAUCACGAACAGUGAGAAACUCGGGACUCAGCGUAAAGAAGGGCUUCUCUGGGCCCUUAGCAGACCUGGCAGCCAUGCAGAUCCAAGGGGCUUGAAUAAGCAGGCGUGGCAUAAAUUCUGGAUUGUCCUCGAUGCUGGCAAAGUAUCCGAGUACAGCAACUGGAAGCAGCGCCUCGAUUUGCAUAUGGAGCCUAUUGAUCUCCGAAUGGCAUCUGUGCGCGAAGCUCGUGAUGCGGAACGUCGUUUCUGCUUCGAGGUAAUUACGCCUCAAUUUAAGCGGGUGUAUCAAGCGACCUCUGAGGACGACAUGAAGAACUGGAUAUCUGCUAUCAACAACGCUAUCCAGAGUGCUGUUGAAGGGAGGGACAUGCGAGACGCGCCUGCACCAGCUCCUCAUCAAGAAUCACAUUCGAUUCGUCGAGACAUUGGUUCGAUUUUGACGGGCAAAAGUUCUUCGAUGAACCAUGGGAACCACUACAACAACGCUCAAGGUAGUGGCGCAUCGAACAACAAUGUCUUCCGCCGGACGACCGUGGGGGCCAGACCUGCCUACAAUCGGCAGGGUAGCAACGGAUACGACGAUAGCCCUGAUAAGCUUCUCCAAACGUUGCGAGAUGCUGAUCAGGGCAACUGCUGGUGUGCCGAUUGUGGGUCAGGGGUCAAGGUUGAAUGGGUUUCUAUCAACCUAGCCAUCAUUCUUUGCAUUGAGUGCAGUGGCAUUCAUCGAUCCUUAGGGACUCACAUUAGCAAAGUUCGCUCUUUGACCCUAGACAUAAAUUCCUUCACGACAGACAUUGUGGAACUAUUACUACUGGUCGGUAAUCGGGUUUCCAACAUGGUCUGGGAGGCAAAGUUGGACCCUGCGUUGAAACCUUCACCACAAGCGACUAGAGAGGAGCGACUCAAGUUUAUCACCGCAAAGUAUGUCGACAGAGCAUACAUUGAGUCAAUUUCAUCGACUUUGUCACGCUAUGCCACUGCCGACGAGACCCUUCUUGCGGCCAUCAAGAAGAAUGAAAUCCAGCAAGUCAUCUACGCUUUGGCUCUGAAAGCCAAUCCCAACGUUUGUGAUAGAUCGAGGGGGACACAUUCGGUAUUCUUAGCGCUUGCUGCUGCUGAUCCAGCGUCACCAUCUCCAGUGGCUUCGCCUUCAAGACCCGAUACUGGAGUGAAGGUAACUGCAUUUCCAGUUGCUGAACUUCUGGUGCAGAACGGUGCAGAGAUUCCCACAAGUUUGCCAGCAUUUCCUCUCAGUCGGAGUGCAGCGCUCUACAUCGAGCAGAAGAGCGGACGAAGCGGCCAACCGAGCGACUCUCUUGGUGCACUUCCUGUGAUGACACCAGAUAAGCAACAGAAAGAGCGUGAGGCUCGGUUGCAAAAGCGUGUCAGCGCUGGUGGGCGUCUUGCAAAAGCACCCAUUCCAGAGAGAUGAUACGACUCUGAUGACCGUUUGAUGAUAGAUGAUGGAUGAUGGCAUGAACUGGAGAUACCUUGGGAAAGCAUGCUUGGCGUUCAAUUAUGUGCGUGUGCGAAUAUUGUAUUACUGGAGGUGAGCGCCUGGGCUUUUGGGUCACCCUGGGGUUCUUGUAGGGCUUGGAUUGGAAAGAGGGUCCGUGAUGUUUAAGUCGAACCUGAUUUGGAAAGGAAAAGGCAAAUGUUAUGGAUAAUAGUAAUGGAUCAAGACAGUGAUGAAGGGUAUGA